AGUUUCAUGUACAGAUCCCAAACCAUUAGGAAUGAGAAGUGGUAAAAUACCUGAUGAUGCAGUAACGGCGUCGUCUACUAUUUCCAGCGGUUACAAACCUAGCUAUGCAAGACUGACAAGGGUAGGUUCUAGCUGCUCUUGGGCACCUCCUGCAGCAGGGAGAAUCGGCUCGUGGCUUCAGGUUGAUCUGGGAAAAGUCACCACAGUGACAGGAAUAGCAACCCAGGGCUCAUGUGAUAGCAAAGAAUGGGUAAAGUCGUACUCAGUUUCCUACAGCAAUGAACACAAUUCAUGGACACCUUACGAAGAAUCAGGGAAUGUAAAGGUAAGUCAGCGCAUCAAUCUUGUAUGGUGAAAUUUUACAAAACACGGAUUCAGAAACUAUUUUAAAGGCCCGUUUACACUUGAAUAUUUUGCUGCGAUUUCUUGUACGAUUUUCGUCUGAUGCAUGUCAACGAGUAGAUGAGUUACGAAUGUUCUUAAUAUGUGUACCCUCAUCCGAAUAUUCACAUAAUUUAUCCACUCAUUCACAUGCGUCAACAGAAGGAAAUCGUACUAGGAAUCGCGGCAAAAAUUGGAAGUGUACCGAACUUACGUAAAUGUACAAAAAAUUGUCCGCUUAGGCCUAGCUGUUCUAGGAAGUUCACCAGAGUGGGAUGAAUUCAAUUGAAAGCUCAUCUGACUUUUUUUAAUUUAGGUUUUUCAAGCAAACACCGAUGCAAGUUCCAUCGUUACACACUCAUUCAAAUCUCCUAUUCGCGCUCGGUACAUUCGUGUGUUGCCACAAUCUUGGAACAGUUAUCCUACAAUGAGGCUCGAGCUUUACGGUUGUCGCUACUAGUUUGCAUGUCAUUAAUACAUGCGUGCUUGCAUGCAUAGUUAUGCCACAAAGUAAUAAUUGCUAUAUAUGUAAUGCAUGGUUAGCUUUUCUUUGUAAUAUGUUUUGUUAUUGUAAUGAUAUUAAAUUUAAACUUGGCCAACUGGC